AUGGCGUCAAAGAAGGACAUGCGGAGGCUAGACCUCGCCAUCCCCUACAUCGAGCCGCCGAAGGAUAAGAAUGAGGCCGAUAUGUCAGGAGCGAUGUCUAGCACUAUGCCAAUGGCCGCGAUGUUCACUCGGAAUAGGAUGAUUGGAUGGGUUUCUUUCGUCUUCUCUCUCCAGUCGUGGCUCGGAGAAACGCCUGAGCAAAAGAAGUCGGCAGCUACGCCUGCAUACAUGUCCGUCCUGAUGUCUUUAAUGGCGCUCGUCGUUGGCCGUUUACGACCAAAGGCCGAGUUUAUGUCCAUCGAAAACCUUAAGACCUUCGACCCCUUCGCCGAAGCUGACGAAGACACCGGCGAGACUAAACAGUCUCAGAAUUACAUCCAUAUACGGAUUCAGCAACGCAAUGGUCGCAAGACCUUGACCACAGUUCAGGGUCUCCCUAAGAAGUUCGAUCAGAAGAAGAUCUUGAAGGUGAUCAAGAAGAAGUUCGCAUGCAAUGGCACUAUCGUCAAUGACUCUGAGAUGGGAGAGGUGAUUCAGCUGCAAGGAGAUCAGCGUAAGGAUGUUCAGGAGUUCUUGACCGACAAGAAGGAAGGUCUCGAGCUCGAUGCCAAGACCAUCAAAGUCCAUGGGUUCUAA